UCCAUUAAGUAAUUUUUGUGGAGAAUUCAGACUUGCACUGGUAAUGGGGAUAAUCAUAGGUCAUUUUAUUACUCGUUAUAUUUUUAAAAAGCAGAUAAAAGAAUGGCAAAAGAAAAUGGAAACUCCGGACAAAGAACAAGUAAGAAAUAUGUUAGCUGCUUUAGGACGAAAGCCCUCAGAGGAGCAAGUGAAUAGAUUUAUUAAUUUGACUAAAGAACGGCAAGAAAAAAAGAAGCCAGUUAAAACUAAAACUCCUAAGAAGAAAAAGUAA